AUGUCCGGAUCGCCCCCACCGGAGCCACCUACUGACCCUCCUCAGAUUGCUGGUCGACGACGAAAGCGUUCUCAUACUCCUCCAACAACGACGGCUGCUUCCAGCAGCGUUGUUCCUCUGACACCAUCUGAUCAAACUACAUCAACACCAGGCAAUCUGGCAAGAGGUGGUGAUAUACUCACGGAGGCCGUGGUUCAGCCUGGCCCGUAUGCCUCCCCAUUCGCUUCGAGCGGCUCCUAUCAACCAGCAUCGAGUCUAUCGACUGUGGCUGUCACCGAUCCAGAAUACUUAUCGCAAAGCCCGAUUUCUCCAAGGGCAACGAGAAAGCCUAAACCUCAUGUCACUUCCGCUUGUGUCAACUGUAAGAAAAAGCAUCUAAGAUGUGACGAAAGUCGUCCGUGUCGGAGGUGUUUACAAAGUGGGAAAGAAGACUCAUGUCGAGAUGUCGAGCACAAAAAGCGAGGACGACCCCCUCUAAAGCCAGAAGAUCCUUCGGCACGAAGAACAUUCGAGUCUUUACCGCCAGGGGCACUAUCGUAUUCUCCAAGGACGCUUCCGGGAACGGACACAAGUAGCUUAAUGCACUCGACCACAUAUCCGCCGAUUAGACCUUUACAGACGCCCUAUGGACGAGGACCCCCAUUUCCCGCGAUGUAUGCACAGCCUUCAAUAUCGCCGAGCCACGCGACAGCUGUAGGCACUUUUGUCCCAUCAUCCCACCCGUAUACUGGCGGUUCUGGUUCUGUCUCUGCCCAACCUCCAGUACCUUAUAGCAAUUCUCCUCCGGAAUCGUCGAUGAGGCCAAUGGCAACCUACCCGAGCUCAUACAAUUUCCCUCCCUAUCAGCACAUGGGACCCCCUACAACAUACUCAAACCCGAUAUUUCCACGAACUUUGACGAGUCCGUCCAUGGCUGGCGACUCUCUUCCGCCUUUAGAGGGAUCUGCGGGCCUUCAGCUACCGCCCAUUCGUACAUCACCUCCUGGUGUUGGACCGAUCGACCCUGCUAUAUCCGAACCACAGUACCGGCAAGGAGUGCAACGUUCCCCACAGGAAGAACCAACGAAUCGAGAUGAUGGAACACAGGAACCGGACCCAAAACGACCAAGGAUGGACAUACAAGGCAUUCUAGGACCUCGCGAUCGCGAUUGA